AUGGCGCGCGGGCGAAGCCGCGAGGCGGGAGAUGCCGCCGGGAUCAUCGCGCGCAUCCGGGUGGAGAAUUUCAUGUGCCAUUCCAAUCUCUCGAUCGAUUUCGUUGACAACGUGAAUUUCAUCACGGGGCAGAAUGGGAGUGGGAAGAGCGCCAUUCUCACGGCUCUGUGCAUCGCAUUUGGCAUCAGAGCUCGCGGAACGCAACGAGCUACUUCGCUGAAAGAUUUUAUCAAGACGGGAUGCAGCUAUGCGCUGGUCAUCGUGGAAAUGAAGAAUGAAGGCUGUGAUUCCUACAAGCCGGAGAGGUACGGGAAAAUGAUUAUAAUCGAGCGAAGGAUUACUGCGACUGCUUCCACCACCGCGUUGAAAGACGAGCAUGGUCGGAAGGUUUCGGCUAAAAAGGAAGACCUUCAUGAUAUAAUCGACCAUUUCAAUAUAGAUGUCGAAAAUCCUUGUGUGAUCAUGAGCCAAGACAAGAGCCGCGAGUUCCUGCAUUCCGGAAAUGACAAGGAAAAGUUCAAGUUCUUUUACAAGGCAACACUUUUGCAACACGUUUCGGAGCUUUUGGAUGCUAACAUCGGCAACAUUGAAUCAUGCAAAGUCUAUUUGAAGGCCAACGAGGAAACAUUUCGGCCCUACGAGCAGAAGCUCAAUAAAUUGGACUUGGAAAUUCGGCGGGCAGAAAAGGUUGACGAGAUGGCGCAGGAGGUCACCAACCUGCGGAAAAAACUGGCUUGGUCUCAGGUUUACGAUAUCGAUCGUAAAAUUGAGAAGGCAGCAGGUUGCGCAGAAAAGCUUCGAGAGCGCAUUCCAGUCUGCCAGGAAAGAAUAGAUGCACACAAGGCUAUCCUGGGAGAGAAACGCGAUGCUCAUUCCAGGAAAAACACAAGCAUUUCCGAUCUGAUUUCUAGGAAUGAUAGAGCAAAGGAAGCAGAGAAGAAACUAUACCAAGAUCUGACUGAGGUGACACAGGAAAAGGUGCAACUCGAAGAAACUCUUCGAAGUAAAGUAGCGACUUUGGAGCGGAAGCGCGGUAAAAAGCGCUCACUUGAAAUGCACGUACGUGAAAUGAAGGAAAAGUUCGAAGAGAACACCCAGGUGGAAGAAAAUGAGAGGGUUGAAGCACUUCGAGCCCUUGAAAACGAGAUCGAUUUGCAAAAGGGAGAGCGAAGAAGAAUGCAGGAAGAGGAAGAAGCGGCUUUGAGAAACUUAAACUCCGCCACUGAUAGCAUUUCAGAACGAAACAAAGAGAUUGAAGACCGUCGUGGAAAGGUCAGCGAUUUGAAUGGUUAUAUUAGGCGACUACAAAACCAGCAGCGUAAUCGGCUUCAUGCCUUUGGAGGUGAGGACGUUAUAAAGCUGCUCCGGAGCAUUGAAAAUCAUGAAAACUCUUUUACAAGACCUCCCAUUGGUCCGAUUGGAGCACAUGUCGCUCUGGCAGGAGAUGAUACGUGGGCGCUCGCUGUUGAAGUAGCUGUUGGAAGAUUGCUAAACGCUUUUGUUGUGACCAACCACCAGGACAUGCUUGCUCUUCGUAGACUUGCUCGUAACUGCAAUUAUACGAACCUGCCGAUUAUAAUCUACAACUUCGAACACCCACUGUUGAACCUGCCACCACGGAUGCUUCCAAAUCCGGACCUGAUCACUGUGAUGUCGGUUCUCCAGUCUGAAAACCAUAUCGUCAAAAACGUCUUGGUCGAUCAUGGAUCUGUUGAGAGACAAGUCCUGGUUGAGAAUUACCAGGAAGGCGUACGCGUGGUUUUCAACACGAGAGCGCCAAACGUGAAGGAGGCCUUUACGAGGUCCGGUGAGAAAAUGUUUAUGAGAGCGGGAGGCCAAACAACACUCCCGAAAGACAGAAAUAUACGAGGUGGGCGACUGGAAGCGGGUAUCGAGCAGCGAAUUACAGAAGCGGAAAGUGACCUUUCAAGAGUUGUCGAAGAGCUCAGAUUAUUGGAAUCACAAAAGCGAAGUGCUGAGGCCUCCCUUCAAGAUUUAAGACGUCACCUCGAGAAAUCCAGGAGAGCAAACGCGGAAAUCAGUCAAAGCAUCUCAAGGAAAGAACUUCGAUUGCGCGAUCUAAAAUUUCAAGCAGAACAAGCAGCAAGUGCAACUAUGCCUAACACGGAAGAGCUUGAAACCGAAAUUUUGGAUACAGAAGCGGAAGCUCGAAAACUCGAGCGUGUGAUUGAAGACCUCAGAAGUAAAGUCGUUGAUGUCAAUGCCAAACAGCAAGAUGCCAAGUCCAAGCAUGAUAGCUUCUUGGAUUCCACCAAAGAUGAUGCCGAAGCUCUUAGAAAAGCUGCCGAUGAGUUGCAAGCAUUGCAAGAGGAAGCAGACGAGGCCGCUAACGCCGUUGCUCAUUUCACAAAAAUCAUGAAAGACAGGGUGCUUCCUGAGUUGCAAAUAGCAGAGGAAGAAUUGAAACGCCUUCAAAGCGAGCGUGAGGAAAAUGCGCAGAAAGCGUCACAGAUAUGCCCAGGGGAAGAAGUCGAGAGGCUGGGCGGAGUGUCGGAUUCCACAGUUAAACUGAACGCAAGCUUAGAACGUCUUAUGGACCAAGUGAGUCGUGAAGAAAGGCACAUCACCCCAGUGGACGAACUUCAGCGAAAGAAGUCGAAACUGGAAAAGAAAGUCUUCAAGAAGAAGCAUCUUCACGUGGAUCUGAAGCAAAGAAUAGAGGCGAUAGACAAUGUGUAUGCGUCGAGACGCUCCAAGUUUGAGCACAACACUGCUUACCUCAGUCGCCAAUUGAGAUGGAGGUUCAAUGACCAUCUUAAAAGGAAGGGGUUCAGUGGAAGAGUGAAAAUCGACUAUGAAGCCAAGACUUUGAAGCUUGAGGUUCAAAUGCCGCAAGAUGCCUCAAACAGCGCAGUGAAAGAUACAAGAGCUCUUUCUGGCGGAGAGAGAUCUUUCUCCACUCUAUGUUUCGCCUUGGCGCUCCACGAGAUGACGGAGUCUCCAUUUCGUGCAAUGGACGAGUUCGACGUGUUCAUGGACGCAAUCAGCCGGCGAAUCAGCCUGGAAACUGUGGUGGAUUUCGCGAUCCAAGAAGGAUCUCAGUGGAUUUUCAUCACGCCCAACGACAUCAGCUCCGUGAAGGAUCACCCAAAGAUAAAGAAGCAGCAAAUGUCAGCUCCUCGUCUAUAGACGAAGAAUUUUUCGUACCAACAGUAAAAUGGUUUUAACUAGCAGUACAAUUUUUCGCACGCGGGCUGAUUUAACUGCUGCCAAUAGAAUCUGGGAAUAUGAGAUUCUAGGAAUAUUAAUGAAAAGAAGCGGCGAACUGGGGAAUCCUGGGCCGUUAGAUACGCAAAGA